AUGGCCAAGGUCUUUGACGCCGCCGAGGUGGCCAAGCACAACACGCCCGACAGCUGCUGGGUCAUCCUCUACGGCAAUGUCUACGACGUGACCGACUUCCUCACAUCCCAUCCCGGCGGCUCCAAGAUCAUUCUCAAGCUCGCCGGCAAGGAUGCCACCGAAGACUACGAUCCCGUCCACCCGCCCGGCACCAUCGAGGAGAACCUCCGCCCCGAGGCCAAGCUCGGCCAGGUCAACCCCGACUCCCUCGUCAAGGCCAAGGUCCCCGCCGCGCGGGCCGACGCCCAAGACGCCGCCGACCAGCCCCCGCCCCUCGAGUCGCUGCUCAACCUCGACGAGAUCGAGGCCGAGGCCACCAGGCGCAUCCCCAAAAAGGCCUGGGCCUACUACUUCUCCGCCAGCGACGACCUCUGGUCCAAGUCCAACAACAAUGCCGCCUACCGCGACAUCCUCCUGCGGCCCCGCGUCUUCGUCGACUGCACCGCUUGCGACAUGUCCACCUCCGUCCUCGGCCACGAGGUCGGCGUCCCCUUCUUCAUCGCCCCCGCCGCCAUGGCUCGCCUCGCCCAUCCUGACGGCGAGCACGGCAUGGCCAAGGCCGCCGCCCGCUUCGGCGCUAUGCAGGUCGUCUCCAACAACGCCUCCAUGACACCCGAGCAGAUUGUCCAGGGCGCCGCUCCCGGCCAGGUUUUCGGCUGGCAGCUCUACGUCCAGAACCACCGGGACAAGAGCGUCGCAAUGCUCAAGCGCAUCAACGCCAUGAAGGACCGCUUCAAGUUCAUCGUCCUCACCCUCGACGCCCCCGUCCCUGGCAAGCGUGAGCUCGACGAAAAGUCAAAUUUUGAAGGAGGAAACAACGUCCAGGCCGCCGCCUCGGGGAGCAACGACGCCAAGCGGCCCGGCGGUGGCGGCGUCGGACAGCAGCUCUUCUUCGGCACUGCCUGCGACCUCACAUGGCAGACCACGCUUCCCUGGCUGGCCGAGCAUACCGACCUGCCCAUCGUCCUCAAGGGCCUGCAGACGCACGAGGACGCCUACCUGGCCGCCAAGUACGCGCCCCAGGUCAAGGCCAUCAUCCUCUCAAACCACGGCGGUCGCGCCAUGGACACGGCGCCCCCCGCCGUCCACACGCUGCUCGAGAUCCGCAAGUACUGCCCCGAGGUCUUCAGCAAGGUCGAGGUUUGGGUCGACGGCGGCAUCAAGAGAGGGACAGACGUCGUCAAGGCCCUGUGCCUCGGCGCGACUGCCGUUGGGAUCGGUCGAGCGCCGCUCUUUGGCCUCGGCGCCGGCGGGCAGGCAGGCGUCGAACGUGUACUUGAAAUCCUCGAAGCCGAGACAGCCACAUGCAUGCGCCUGCUCGGCGCCAAAAACAUCUCGGAACUGGGCCCCAGAUUCAUCAAUACUCGACGUGUGGAGAGAGACAUCUACGACGGGGACCCGGGGCUGGACAAGCGGGGUCUGUGGACAAAGGCGAAACUGUAG